UUUUCGGAGCAUGGUUGGUUAGUGCAUGAAGCGUGCGUGCAUGUGUUUUACAAUGUGUUGGAAUAGAAUGUGCUUUAAGCAUUGAUCGACACAUGCGCACAUACGUUUUUUUUUAUUCGUAAUUAUAUGGAUCAUAGUUUCACCAGUAUCAGGCCUAAACAAGACUAAAAAAAAUGGAAGAAAAUACACCUACUGUUAGUUUGGUGUCCUGUAUGCACUUUGUACGCCGCGGGGUAGCCAAAGAAGUACCUGAAAAGAUUGAACUGACAGAGAAAGAGCUUGAGAAAAUUAUAAAACAAACUGCAGAUGAAUUGCGUUUGACAGAGAGAGGAGAGGACGUAUCAGAUGAUGAAGCCGAGGCAGGGCCCAGCUCCGCCAGACCUCCUCCAGAGAAUCCUAAUGAUGAGUUUGAUUUUGAAAAGUAUGAUGAGGAAGAUUCAUCUAACCCAGUGGGCAUAGGAACAGUAGCAACUCUACCCAACUUAGGAGAUUUGGGUGACAAUGUCCAGAUUAGGACAGACGGGCCGGACAGCGACGAGGAGGACGACAUCAUCAAGCCCAGCGACAACCUGCUGCUCGUGGGGCACGUCGAGAGCGACGCCAGCGUGCUGGAAGUCUACAUCUUCAACAAAGAUGAGGAUUCCUUUUACGUGCACCAUGACAUCGUUCUGCCGUGGUUCCCGCUGUGCAUAGAGUGGCUGAGCCACGACCCUUCGGACACCAAACCAGGUAAUCUGUGCGCCCUGGGCGGCAUGGACUCCGUGAUCCAGGUGUGGGACCUGGACAUCGAGAACUGCCUCGAGCCAGCCUUCAAACUCGGCCAGAAACCCAACAAGAAGAAGAAGACCAAGAGAGUUGGCCAUAAAGAUGCAGUCUUGGACAUGUCUUGGAACAGAAACUUUACACAUGUUUUGGCCAGCGGGUCCGCUGACAACACGGUGCUACUGUGGGACCUGGACCAGGGAACUCCCCACACGAAACUGGACUAUUUCCAGGAUAAAGUGCAGUCGCUGAGCUUCCACCCGCGCGAGCCGCAGACGCUGGUGUCGGGCUGCUGCGACGGCGCGGCGCGCGUGUCGGACUGCCGCGACGCCGCCGCGCACAAGGCCUGGCGCCUCGGCCCCGAGAUCGAGCGCGUCGCCUGGGACCCGAACAACCCCUACUGUUUUGCAAUGAGCAACAACGAGGGGCGCGUGGCGUACGUGGACGUGCGCCACGAGCAGCCCGUGUGGGAGGUGGCGGCGCACGACAAGGAGGUCACAGGUCUCAUCCUCAGCGAAAUUCCCGGCCUAAUGAUUACCGUCAGCACGGACGGCAAACUCAAGACGUGGGACAUCCAAAGGUCGCCGCCGGUACAGGUGAGCGAGCGCGCGAGCCGCGUGGGCCAGGCGCUGUGCGCGGCCGCCUGCCCCGAGGCGCCCUUCUCGCUGGCCGUCGGCGGCGACAACAAGCAGUGCUUCAUCGAGAUGCUCGACCUCACGGCCAACGAACAAGUAUCAAGUAUAUUCGAGCCGAGAGCCGCGGCCGCAGCGCCCGCCGCCGGCGCCGCCGCCAUGGAGACGUAGACCCAUAGUAUACUUCACAGUCUUCACACACCACAUAGACUAGUUGCAGUGGUUUCAUUACCAUUAACCACAAUUAUGUGUCCGCGGUCUGCAAAACAUCCCAGGUUGUCGCUUGCCAUAAGGACGAUAUUGUUUCUGUAUUUACAAAACAUUUGUAUCAUGCAGUGGGACGUUGUACAGGCUGCGGUCACAUAUUAAUCUUUUAGUAUAAUGUUGCCAGAAAAAAUCUUUAAACAAGCUCAGUUUUAACGAGAAAUAGUCAACAUAAUCUGUAUGUUAAAAACAAGAUUGACUAUAGAAGGGGUGUAAGCUGCAAGAAAAUGUUACUCGUGAGUUUUUCUCUCAAACUUGCACUUGUUGCCCUAGUUUGUACCUAUAUGUUGUGUAGUAUUACAAUGUACUGUGUACACUGAACAUAGAUAGAGCACCAAGGAUAACUUAGCUUAAGAUCUACCAUACGAUACGACGCACAGAUGUAGCGCCACAUAAAUUAUCAUCAUAUUUUCUCGGAAACGUUUGAAGUUGUCAUGCUACUCGUACUCCAGUCAACGUCAAUGUAUAGUCAGUGUUCUUUUAUACCGAGGCCGACUGAAUAGAAUGACACCUUCAGAAAUACGACGAUAAAUGAUUUUGCAUUACAUCUGUUAUGGAUGUAACAAUAGUCCAUAGGAUCAUUUCGUAUUUACAUUCAAUCUAUAUUUAUCUACUCGAAAAAAGUUGUAAUCUGUUUAUACAGAUAUAGUAAGGGUUUUAUAUUGAUGUUUAUAAACCCUGAGUGUAUAUUUGUUGUAAUAAAAUAAAGUAUUCUUCAAUGUG